AGGAGAAGAGUUGAAGAGAAGCGUACGUGCCAAGAAAACCCCGCGUAAUAUCUCUUUAUGAUUUCCGUGCAUUUGAAUAUUCAUGAAAAAAAAAUUCAGAGACUCAUUCUUCAACAAGAUUCAACUCCAUCAACUAUAUUCACAAAAAAACAACAGAUUGCUUGCUUCCUUGGUUUCAGAGUUUCUGAGGCGGUUGUUGUCGGUGAUCUCGUGAUUGGAAAUGUUAGGGGAUUUUAUUACUCGAUGUCUUAUACUGCUUUUGGGGUAUGCAUAUCCUGGAUUUGAAUGCUAUAAAACUGUGGAAAGAAACAGGGUUAGCAAUGAGGAACUUCGCUUCUGGUGUCAAUACUGGAUCAUUGUAGCAUUUUUCACAGUAACAGAAAAUUUUGCAGAUAUAUUAAUUGGAUGGCUUCCCAUGUAUGGCGAGAUGAAGCUUGCGCUUUUUAUCUACUUGUGGUAUCCCAAAACUAAGGGGACAACAAAUGUUUAUGAAACUGUGCUGAGACCUUAUGUAUCUAAGCAUGAAUAUGACUUUGACAAGAUGUUCAGAGAGUGGGGAGUUAGGGGAUGGGAUUUGGCAAUUUAUUACUGGAAAAACUGCACAGAGCUGGGGCAGGCUACAUUGUGGCAGUUCCUCGACUACUUGGCUGCUCAGUCUAAGAAAAUUUCCAGCAAAAACUCCAGCAAGAAAAAAGAUGGGAAGGAUCCUUAUGCUCCUAGUGCCCCACCAUUGCCUGAUAUACGAUCGGCUUUAUUUGACAACUAUGAAAGUAAUUUCUCAGGCCGCAAGAAAAAGUAGGAGCUUCCAAGUCCCCUAUGAACACAAAGCAAAACAGUGAUCCACCACAACAUAGUAGCCUGAACCAGAUCAUGAAAUGAUCAUAAAGCACAGUCUCAACUGAAGCCAGUUACUUCGAGAAUUGUAACAUUUUUGUACAUAAUCCUGUCAGGUCAAGUAAGGGAAAAUUGAAGAAAUCAUCAUCAUUCUGCAUUGAUCAUUGCUAAUGCUCUCUACUUGUAACAUAACACAUGUGCUAAUGAUUGCUUUGAUCUUUUCUGCCCCUAUGGAAACAUGAUGAAAUGAUCAUUGUUUUAUUCAUUUGUA